CAAACCCAAUUUUUCGACCCAUUUAAAAGAUUGUCUCUCAUCUGUAUUUGUCUACAUUUUCUCCGAACGGGCAAAGAAAGCAAAAAAUGGAAUCGGCGGGAGCGACUAACCCUUUACAGCAAAACGACGACGACGAUAUUCCGCAGCUGAGCUCUCACGCUCUCGAAGCUCUCAGAGAGUUCAUCGCUGAGCAGAACCGAACAGUAGUUGAAGCUUCUUCGGGGGAGCAGCCGGAGGAAGAGGUGGCGUUGGUGGCGGAGGAUUGGCGGCUCAGCCAGUUCUGGUACGACCGGGAAACUGCCGAGACCGUGGCCCGAGAAGUCCUCGCUCUUUGCGAGACUCUUGAGUCCCCGUCAGUUGCUUGCAUUGCUUGCCCAACGCUAUACGCCUACCUCAAGAAAGUUGAUCCUAAUGUCAAAGCGCAGCUUCUUGAAUAUGACCAGAGGUUCAGUUCAUAUGGAACUGAGUUCACAUUCUAUGACUACAAUAAGCCAGAAGAUCUCCCCUUAUCAUUGAAACAUUCAUAUUCAGUUAUUGUUGCAGAUCCUCCUUAUUUGAGUCAGGAGUGCUUGGAGAAAGUUAGUGAAACUAUAUCUUUUCUUUUGAGAUCCGGAAAAUCAUAUCUGCUUCUACUCACUGGUGAUGUGCAAAAGGAUAGGGCGGCAGAGCUCUUGGAUUUGCGUCCAUGCAGGUUUAGACCUCAGCACAGUAGCAAACUUGGUAACGAAUUCAGAUUGUUCACCAACUAUGACCCAGGGAUGAGACUUGGUGGUUGGGAGGGUGAAUGAUCAUAGAGCUGUGAGGGCAAAAGAAAAAAUUUCAAAGCGCAUCAAUCAUAUUACAGCUCUAGACAAGCUUUGCAUUUCUUGACAAAUCAGUGCUUGAAAAUUACUUGUUGUUGUGUUGUAAGCAGCAAAGCAUCAACUUAGUUGAAUUCACAGACCCAUUUGUCAUUUCACUAGCUCAGAAUGCUUAAAACAUAACAUUUUUUUGUGCUAUGUUGGUUGCUAGAGUUUGGUUCUUCAUAAAGUCAGAUA